AUGGCAGAACCACCAUCACCAUCACCAUCACCGCCCGCCAUUCCUAAGGAGAAUAUCGAGGAGGCGAAGGCUGCAUUUGCUCGCGAUCCUCCACUUGUAGACGAUCUCCGACCGGGAACCUUCUUCGAUGACCCGAAUUACCUCGAUACCCUACCCCACGGCGCUAAGGCUCUAGUCUGCGCCGUCCAGCAUUUUGGUGACCAUCCGGAUAGACCGGGCCUCUGUCAUAUCCAGUCGGUGCAAGCGUUCGGGCGAUACAUUCAGACCAAUGACCUGGAACAACUCAGCAUGGCGUUUGCCAUGGAGGCCAUGUCGCUCCGCUAUGUCCCGCCUGGCCACCCGGGCCGUGGAAAGUCUAACAAUCAUAUGGGAAGGCUUUACCAGCAAAAGUGGGAGAAUGAUAAAAUCGCCUCUGACCUCGAUGACACGAUUCGCCAUUACAAGAUCGCAGUCGACACUGCUAAGGAAACGGACGAGACAAUUAGCGACUGGUCCUGUGAUGUGGCGGCUCUGGCUACGAAGCGCUGGAAUCGAACCAAACAACCGAGCGACCGGCAGGAUGCACGCAAAUAUUUUGACAAGGCUAUCGAGCUGGCCGGCGAGUCGCCAAAACGAGCGAUCCAUCUUUCCAACAAAGGGGAGACAAUCCGUCUGACAUUGUUCGGCAGUGACGAGGAGCGACAAGCACUUCUCAGCGAGUCAAUCGGCUACCACGAGCAGGCCCUCGAGCUUUGUGGGGUUCUUCUGGCUCUAUCGGAACGGCCUAAGAUUCCUUACGGCAUGAUUCAUCGCAAUGUCGCCCAGGCAUACCUCGCGAAAUAUAAUUUGUUGAAGCAGCCGGAAGACGGCGAGAAGGCUGCCUGCCUGCUAGAAAAGGCGGUCGACUUCGAGACAGUUGGAACUGCCGGCUGGGAACGGUUCAUGAACGAGCUUGGCAACGUGUAUAAUUUCAGGGCCCACUUAACGGGUAACGCGGAGCAUGAAGCAAAAGCGUCCAAGAUUUGGAGCGAAGUCAUAGAGCAUAGGCCUAAUACGGUCGUUGCAAGGACAAGCCUUGCCGAGCUUUACCGUACCACCGCGGAAAAGGCCCAGGGCGAAACUCUCACUGCGGAAGCGAUCGAAAAGGCCACUUCCCUGGCCCUUAUGGCGGCCAAUAUGUCAUCUGUGCAACGAUCAAACCCAGGACUAGCCAACGCGCGUUCAAGCUCUGUUCUAUACACCAAAUACGAACUUCUUGGUCGCAUAGAAGAUCUCAACCAGGCCAUAGAAUACGCCCAGAACGCGACACGGGACCAAAACAGCGACGAUCUUUGGGAUCAUUAUCGCCUACUCGCUCAGGUGUUGAUCACGCGGUUUGAAAGCCUCCGUCGCCUAGAAGACCUGCGAGAUGCUACGUUUGCGGUGAAUGAGUCCCUCAAAGCGUGCAGCCCCGAGGAUUUCGAACAGAAAGCGGGCUGUCAAUGGGUAGUAGGCAAAAUUACUCGCUUAACUUACGACAUGAUGCCAAAUACCCAUGUGCUUCUUCAGGCAACUCAGGUCUUUGAGAUGUGCAGUCAGACGAUGUCCAAGAAAUCCGUAACACGCUGCCUGGUCUUGAAUGACCUGGGCAACGCCUACGCGCAACUAUUCAGUCAUGAGGCACUGCCGGAGCAGCUAGAGAAAGCCAUUGAGGCAUAUCAAACGUCUCUGUCUGGGCUUCAUUCUAUAUUUCACUCGGAUCGGCACCCCAAUAUCCUCAUGCUUAAUGGAUCGCUCGGGACUGUCAUGAUUCAGCGUUUCCAGACCUGGAGGGCCCAUACCGACAUCGAUUCCGCUGUGACGUACUUUCGGCGCUCGCUCUUAGGCGUUCAUGAGAGCCAUCCACGAUAUAUCACCCGCGUGAGCAAUCUUAGUUACGCGCUUCAACUCCGAUUCCAACUGAAUGAGGUCAAUGGGAACCUGGAUGAUUUGAAGGAGACUCAACGACUUCUUAGAAGUGCGCUUGAGUCACCGAAGCUGAUCAGCAAUGAAAUGAAAACUAGCCUACUCAACCAUCUUGGUAACGCUUUUCUAUGCUCAUUCACUCUGAGCAAACAAUCAACUGAUCUGGAAAAUGCCAUUAAUCAUUAUACUAAAGCCACUGCAGUAGAGGGGUGUUCUCCUGCAGCCCGUGCGACGGCGAUGAUUAACAAAGCUGAAGUGCAGAGGUUAAUGGCUGUUUCCAGCGGGCUACUGUCCGACUACGAAGCGAGCAACCUGACGUUGGAGGAGGCUCAGAAGGUGCUGACCAAAGAUGACCCGCGCCUCUGUAGUGUCCUCCUAGAUCAAGCCAACCUGCUGUACGGCAUUUUUGACAAGCAUAUGGGCUCGGAUAUCCAAGAGUAUGGACUCCGCGCCCUUGCCAAGUAUGAAAAGCUCCUCCACAUGCCAAAUCUACCUCCAGCUUCGCGCGUCAGCGUUGGUUCUCUCGCAGCCAGUCUUACUUCACACAUACUCAAUGACCAAGCAAAAGCCAGGGAUUCUAUUCUGAUCAGUCUUGAAGCGCUCCCCGAAGCAAUUCUUAUGCACGAAAGUAGGCUGGAGCAGCUGAAAUUUGUCCGAACAUACCAUUAUGUUCCAAGCAGCGUGACCGCGUUGUCUCUUAAUGCGGGAGAUCCGCCAAACGUGGUUAUACAGCGUCUCGAGGCUGCAAGGGCCUUUAUCUGGGACCGAAUCGAAAAUCAAACAACACAGAUUGAUAUUCUUGAAACUGAGCACCAGGAGUUAGCAGCCAAAUUCCGCACAAUACAACAGCGGAUCUUCCAAAAAAGCCGACCAUCUGGCAAGCGAGCCACGGUGGAUUUGACCUCGGUUGCCCCAGAUGACCUUAAUAGACUCCAACGACAGCAUGAUGGUGAUGCUUAUCGUCAGCUGCUCCAGCAGAUCCGAGCCCUCCCGGGCCAUGGCUCCUUUUUAAGAACCCCAGAAGCCCCAGGCGACCUUCAAAGCUAUGCAGCGGACGCACCCAUUGUUUUCAUCAAUGCAAGUAAAUAUCGCAGUGAUGCUUUGAUCAUCACCAAGAAUAGUGUGGACCAUUUGCCCCUCCCUGCUUUCAACAUGGAGCGUAUAACGCCGUAUGCAGCACGCUUCAUGCAUGCUUUGGACAUGCUCUCCAGAGGUGAAGAGCAAGCAACCGCUCUGACGCAGUACCAAGAAGUCAUGAAAUGGGUCUGGAAAUCCGUUGCCAAGCCAGUUCUAGACAGCAUUGACUGGCAGAAAUAUGAGCCCGGCCCGUCUGGGAAACCGCGGAUUGUAUGGGUGUCAACGGGAUGGGUCAGCGUGUUUCCCAUGCAUGCUGCAGGCGACUACGAAACCACCACGAUGAACGAAGAGCCCACGUGUGUUCACGACAUGGUUGUUUCGUCGUACACUACAUCUCUCAAAGCUCUAGAAAUCAACAAGUACAAUGCUCGACGAAUUGAUACAGAGUCAACCGCUGAUUCCCGGCAAGCGAUGAUUGCCGCCAUGGCGACAACGCCCGGCCUGGGUCCGGAAAACGACUUGGACGUAGAACCCGAAAUCAACUCAUUUGAAAAGACACUUGGCUCUUUAUUCAAAGUCAAUUUGCUGCGGCAACCGGACUCAAAAGCUGUGAAGCAAGCCCUAUCUACAGCAACUAUCGGCCAUUUCGCCUGCCACGGUCGCGCCGACAAGGAAGACCCUUCACGAAGCGCUAUUAUGUUACAGGACAGCCAGGCGAAAGUGCCGCCCUUUUCCGUACGAACGCUUCUGAAACUCGACCUGAAGACUUGUGGGCUUGUUUAUCUAUCUGCGUGUGAAUCCGGUGUCAGCAAGGACCUCGCAGUGCGAGACGAGGGCAUACAUAUUGCGGGAGGAUUCCACAUCGCCGGCGUGCCACAUGUCAUUUCCACACUGUGGAAGGUGUCGGAUACUGUUUCCGCCCAACUCUCCGGUCUGUUUUAUGAACGACUCAAAAACGAAGCGGGGGAAGUUGAUCUCGCCCGAGCACCGCAUGCUCUUCAUAUGGCAUUAGGGGAGCUGAAACGAGAGGGCGUGCAUCCGAUGCUGUUAGGACCUUUUAUCCAUUCCGGCCCUUAA